AUUCUCUGGAGGCCAUCCCGUCGCCGCUGGCACCAUGCUGUCCCCUCAGAGGGCUUUACUCUGCAACCUCAACCACAUCCACCUCCAGCAUGUCUCUCUGGGCCUGCAUUUGUCGCGCCGUCCUGAGUUAAGGGAGGGGCCCUCGAGCACAUCCUUCCCCCCGGGGGACGCAGGGGGCAAGGAGAGCCGGGGCCCCUGCAGCGGGACCCUGGUGGAUGCCAAUUCCAACAGCCCAGCGGUGCCCUGCCGAUGCUGCCAGGAGCACGGGCCAGGCCUAGAAACCCGGCAGGACCCAGCACAGGAGGAAGAGGGGGCUGCCUCUCCCUCGGACCCGGGUUGCUCCUCCUCUCUCAGCUCCUGCUCAGAUCUUAGCCCUGACGAGUCCCCCAUUUCAGUCUACUCGCGCGACCUCCUUGGUGACCAAGAUGUCCCCCCUCAGCCUAGCAUCACCCCCCCGGAGCAGGGCUCCCCUCUGGCCUCCGCAGGCCCUGGCGCCUGCUCUCCCGACAGCUUCUGCUGUUCUCCCGAUUCCUGCUCCGGAGCUUCCUCCCCACCCGGCCCUGGCCUGGACUCCAACUGCAAUGCGCUGACCACCGGCCAGGACCUGCCUUACCCAGGGCUGGAGGAGGAGGAGGAGGGUGGGGAGCAGGACCUCCUGACCUCCGAGCUCUCAGAGGCCGACGACGGGAAGACCCACCCUGGGAAAACCGAACCCAGUUGGAAAAUCAACCCCAUUUGGAAAAUUGACACCGAGAAAACGGAAGCUGGCUGGAAAAUCCCCGAGGACAAUAACUCUGGUUGGAAAAUCGGUGGGAAUACUAACUCUGGUUGGAAAGCGGAGCCUGGAAAGUCUGACUCCGGUUGGAAGACCAAUACAGGAAUAACUGAUUCUGGCUGGAAGACAGACGCAGGGAAAAGUGAUGGAGGCUGGAGGAGUGACGUCAGCGAGGAGCCGGCGCCCCACCGGACCAUCACGUCCUUCCACGAGCUGGCCCAGAAGCGCAAGCGGGGCCCGGGGCUGACCCUCGCGACGCAGGCCAAGAAGGACCGCAGCGACUGGCUCAUCGUCUUCUCGCCCGACAGCGAGCAGCCCCCCGCUGGGUCGCUGGGCGGCUCCCCCGCGGCGCCCCGGGAAGUCACCACCUUCAAGGAACUGCGGUCCCGCAGCCGGGCCCCGCCCCCGCCAGUCCCGCCCCGAGACCCCCCAGCUGGCUGGGCCUUGGUCCCGCCCCGGCCCCCACCCCCACCCGUUCCUCCCCGGAGGAAGAAGAACCGAUCGGGGCUGCAGCCGAUCGCGGAGGGGCAGCCCGGGGAGGGCAGGGAGGUCCGGCCCGGCGAGGAGGCCCCAGCCCCGCAGGAGCCGGAGGAGCCCGGCGCGCAGGCGGGCCGUGAGGCCCGUCCCCUCCUGGUCCCUCGGCCCCUGGUUUUCCGGUUCUCGGCUGACGGGCGCCCCCUGUUGGAGGGUGGGGGCGCGGGCACCGCUGGGUCUCUGCUCCUGGCGCCUCUGGCGGGCUGGCCCGGCGCGGGGCUGCGGUUGCUGGGGGCGCCCAGUCCCGCAGAGGAGCCGCUGCUGCCUGUGCGCCUAUCCCCGGUGGGAGCCUAUUCGCCCCCGGCGCGCGGGGCCCUGUCCUGCCUGGCCAGCCCCGAGCUGGCGCUGCUGCUGUCCCCGCUCUUUCCCAGAAGCAGCACCUUCCCCGCCGCGGCUCCCCCACCCCGCCAGGUACCCGCCCCCCCGCUGCCACCGCCACCUCGUCCGCCGAAGGCCCCUCGCUGGACCAGGAGCCCACCGCCUCCUCUCAGGCUACUCCGCAGUUCCUGGUCCUUCGCCGGUGUCCCCGGGGCCCAGCGACUGUGGAUGGCAGAAGCCCAGAGUGGGACCGGCCAGCUGCAGGAGCAGAAGAAAGGUCUCUUGAUAGCGGUCAGCGCCUCCGUGGAUAAAAUCAUCUCGCACUUUGGGGCCGCCCGAAACUUGGUUCAGAAGGCCCAGUUGGGGGAUAGCCGGCUGAGCCCAGAUGUGGGGCACCUGGUGCUGACCACCCUCUGCCCGGCUCUCCAUGCCCUGGUGGCUGACGGGCUGAAGCCUUUCCGAAAGGACCUCAUCACUGGGCAGCGCAGGAGCAACCCCUGGAGCGUGGUGGAGGCAUCGGUGAAGCCCGGCUCCAGCACCCGGUCCUUUGGAACCCUGUAUAGCCAGGUCAGCCGUCUAGCCCCGCUGAGCAGCAGCAGAAGCCGCUUCCACGCCUUCAUCCUGGGCCUCCUCAACACUAAGCAGUUGGAGCUGUGGUUUUCCAGUCUGCAGGAAGAUGCAGGCCUGCUGUCCCUCCUGUACCUGCCCACUGGAUUCUUCUCUUUGGCCCGGGGUGGCUGCCCCUCCCUGUCCACAGAGCUGUUGCUCCUGCUGCAGCCAUUGUCGGUGCUCACCUUCCACUUGGAUCUGCUCUUUGAGCAUCACCACCACCUGCCCCUGGGCCCACCUCAGACUCCUGCCCCGCCAGGCUCACCGCCAGCCUUGCAGCAGACUGUGCAAGCCAUGCUGCACUGGGGGGGUCGGCUGGCCCAGAGCCUUCGUGGGGCUUCUGAGGAGACCCCUCCAGGCCCUUCAGCCCCCUCAAGCCCUCCCAAACCAGGCAGCUGGUGGGAGCAGCUGACCCAGGCCUCCCGGGUCUAUGCCUCUGGGGGCACGGAGGGCUUCUCCCUUCGUCGGUGGGGAUCCAGGUGUCCCGGGACUGUGGCUGAGGAAGCACAGGAGAGAUCGUUGCCCACAGAGGACACGGCACCAGGCAGAGGCGUGUGGCUGGGAAGACUGUUUGGAGUGCCUGGGGCCCUCACAGAAACUGAAAGUGGAACUCUAAAGUCCAGGAGACCAUCCAGCUGGCUGCCUCCCACAGUGAAUGUGUUGGCUCUGGUGAAGAGGGUGGCACCUUCUGAGACUCCCAGUUCACCGGAGGAGCUUGAGGCCUCAGCACCCAGCACGGUGCAGACCCAUCGUGGGAAGAUGAGACCUGGGACAGCUGGGUACCCCCACUUCACUUCAUCCCAGCAUCUGGCUCCCCACAGGGCAGUCCGUGCUCUCUGUGACCACACCGCUGCAGGACCUGACCAGCUGAGCUUCCAGCGUGGGGAAGUGCUGCGUGUCAUCGCCACUGUGGAUGAGGACUGGCUCCGCUGUGGGCGGGAUGGAAUGGAGGGGCUGGUACCUGUGGGGUAUACCUCUCUCGUUCUCUAGGCCUAGGACCUUUUUCCUUUCCUGCAUAUGUCUCUCUCUCCUGUCACUUUGGAAUGGAAUGGCCUGUGAACUGAUUUUCCCAGAAGCAUUUUCCCUGUCUGUAAAACGAUACUUUCCUCCCACAUCCCUUUCUACUAAUAUGUGAAAUAAAUUUUCCUACUUCUCUCCCAUACCCACCUGUAAGUUGAAAUCUGCUCUUCUUCCAAAUAUAUACAAAGCAGCUUUCCUCCAUGCAGUUUCUUUCCUCUUCUCCAUCUGCGUAAGGGAAUAUCUCCCUAUCUGCAAAAUGGAAAUCUAGUCCCCAUCUACCUUCCUGUGUAAGCACUCUGCUAGUACACUAUAUGCCUCAGUUCCCAAGACUAGAGGGUCUCUAGUUUCCUUCAUGUGUAUGAAUCUUCCCCCACUUCCCCCAUCCCAUGUUGCCAAUAUUUAUUAUGUACUCAUGUUGUACUAGGUGUUAAAGUCUGGAUACCCCUGGUGGGUGGGCCUGUGAUGUUGGACAUGUCUCCUUCCUCUUUUGUCCCAAUAAAGUGUGGGAGUUGAAUGUGUGUGUGUAUGUGUGUGUGUGUCACAGAGGGUUUGAGGACAUAGGCUGUGGGAGGCCCUCUUGUAGGAAGCUCAAGGGAGAUGCUUCCUUCCAAGCCCAGGUUCAGUUCUUACUGAUUCCUGAGGAAUGCAGAAGUGCCCCUUGAUUGUGCCUGAAUCUCAGAAGUGCCUCUUUAUUCCGAGACGUCACUGCUUUGUUUUGUGGGACUGAUAGGUAGGAGCCUGAGUAAAUAAUGGGAGAAUGGGGAAGACGUGGCCCUUGAAAUUAUACUCAUUAGAUUUGUAUCUGAGGUGAUGAAGGAUUAAAGGGUUGCAGAAAGUGA